AUGGCGACUCUAGUUGACUCAAUCCUCAAUUCAGACGCCUUUGGUGCAACCCCAUCCUCACCGCGGCGACUCCAGAAUGGCACCCCUUCCUCCUCAAGACCACGCCCCUUGCCCUCCGAGAGCAAUGGCCUACCCUCAGAACCCGACGUCUUUCCAGACGAUGAAGUUGUCGGCGCCGCUCGAGGCAGGCCACGAAACCCUUUAGAUCGAAAUGUAUCACAGGUUACAGACAAGGCAGGCGAGAAAGUACAACAGGCCUUUGAAGAUUUCCUCGAGUCCCAUAUCGAAGAGCCUUCCUCAUCAGGAGCCCCUCCCUCGAGCGAAUUGAGAACGGACAAAUACUAUAUUAAUCAGAUUCAUGGCUUGCGGGAAUUUCAACUCUCUACACUUUAUGUAGAUUUCCGCCACCUGCUGUCUUACAAGGAAGGCCCUAUCUUAGCAGAUGCAAUCGCGAAUCAGUUCUAUCGGUUCCAUCCAUUCUUACUCAAAGGACUACACAACCUUUUGGCGAAAUACGAGCCAAUCUAUUUUAAAGAUCACCGUCAGAUGACUAGCAAUGCUUCGCAAGCCGGCACCUCAAUUGCAGGCAAUGCAACUAGCGAGGGGAGCAGUCAGGGUGACAAGACACUCAAUCCACAGACGGACAAACUCUUCGCGCUGGCAUUUUACAACCUCCCACUUGUGUCCCGCGUGCGACAACUGCGAACAGAUCAAAUUGGCAGAUUACUUUCCAUUUCGGGUACUGUGACGAGAACCUCUGAAGUUCGUCCCGAGCUGGCCCUCGGAACCUUCAUUUGCGAAGCAUGCAACACUACAGUUCCAAAUGUUGAACAGACAUUCAAAUAUACAGAACCCACAGUGUGUCCCAAUCUCACUUGUGGUAACAAAGUGGCAUGGCGUUUGGACAUCCGAAACAGCACAUUCGUGGAUUGGCAGAAAUGUCGAAUUCAGGAGAACAGUGCUGAAAUCCCCACAGGGAGCAUGCCACGCACAAUUGAUGUCAUCCUUCGGGGAGAACAAGUCGAGCGGACGAAGCCUGGUGAGAAGUGUAUCUUCACAGGCACCCUGAUUGUUGUGCCAGAUGUCUCUCAACUGGGAAUUCCAGGUGUAAAGCCAGAGGCAUCAAAGGAUAAUCGAAAUUUCCGGGGAGCCGAUGCUGGUGGUGCGGGAGUCUCGGGCUUGAAAGCUCUAGGGGUUCGAGAUCUGACUUACCGGAUGGCAUUUAUGGCAGGCUUCGCGUGCCCGGAUACCACUACUCCCGGUCAAUCAACAAGUCAGUUGAACGGCCAAUCGACCAAUAUCCUGAAUUCCCUACACCAAACCGAUCUAUUUGAUCAAUAUGACAAUGGCGCAAAGGCUCAGGAGGCAUAUUUGGAAACUCUUACACAAGCUGAGAUCGAUGAUUUGAAAUAUAUGGUUCAUUCCGACAAAAUCUACAGCAGACUUGUUCAGAGUCUCGCGCCCAUGGUUUACGGCCAUGAAAUAGUGAAGAAAGGUCUCCUAUUGCAACUCUUGGGAGGUGUUUCGAAGAUGACACCUGAAGGAAUGCCGCUCCGAGGCGAUAUUAACAUCUGUAUCGUCGGCGACCCAUCAACAUCCAAAUCUCAGUUCCUCAAAUACAUUGCAUCGUUUCUCCCUCGAGCAGUCUACACCUCAGGGAAAGCAUCUACUGCAGCAGGCCUAACGGCCGCGGUAGUUAAAGACGAAGAAACGGGCGAAUAUACCAUUGAAGCAGGUGCCCUCAUGCUCUCCGACUCUGGAACCUGCUGUAUCGACGAGUUCGAUAAGAUGGACUUGAGCGACCAGGUCGCCAUCCACGAGGCUAUGGAACAGCAGACCAUUUCCAUCGCCAAAGCGGGCAUUCAUGCUACAUUGAACGCCCGGACAAGCAUUUUGGCUGCCGCAAACCCUAUCGGUGGUCGCUAUAACCGCAAGACAACGCUCAGAGCAAACAUCAACAUGUCAGCACCUAUUAUGUCUCGCUUCGACCUCUUCUUCAUCAUUCUUGAUGAAUGCAAUGAGACUAUAGAUCGCCACUUAGCCGACCAUAUUGUCAACCUGCACAUGUUGAAAGAUGAUUUCGUGCAGCCCGAAUUCUCCACAGAACAGCUUCAGCGGUACAUCAAAUUCGCGCGCACUUUCAAACCCGUGUUCACACCGGACGCCAAGAAACUUUUGGUUGAAAGAUACAAAGAGCUGAGAGCGAAUGACACCGGCGGCGUGGUUGGAAAGAACUCCUACAGGAUUACCGUAAGACAGUUGGAGAGUCUGAUCAGGUUAAGCGAGGCGAUCGCAAAGGCGAAUUGUGUGGAGGAAAUUACCGAGGUGAUGGUGUAUGAAGCGUUUGACUUACUUCGUCAAUCGAUCAUCAGCGUCGAGAGAGAUGAUGUUAACGUUGAAGACGAUGAUGAAGAGAGUCAGAACCGACAAGACGAUGAACAGCAGCAACGGGACGGUGACAGUCCCAUGGGUGAUGGCGACGACGACCAUCAAGAUGAAAGCAGUGCCCGAAAUCGCGAGACAUCUGCCACCCUUGCUCCGGCUACACGACCUACCACCAAAAUCACAUUCGAAAAGUACAACACCAUCCAAACCAUGCUGGCGACACGCAUACGAGACGAGGAAGAUCGCACUGGCGAGGGCCCUGAACGCGACGCUUUGUUAUUGUGGUAUUUGGAGCAGAUUGAAGACCAAUUGGGAAGUGAGGAAGACGUGGAGCGCGAGAAGGGCCUGGCGAGAAAGGUGUUGAAGAAGAUGGUAAAGGAUAACAUCAUCAUCGCAAUUCGCGGAGAGGGCCUUAUUGAAGGAGACGAAGAUGGCGCUGGCGCCGGAGAGUCUUCGACUACAAAUCAGAACCAGCGAUUAACUUAUGCUCUGCACCCGAAUUGUGGGAUCUUCGACGAUGAAUGA